GAAGGAGUGCCAGACUCAGUUUCCCCUCARCCAGARCAAAUACAUUUGUCUCGAACAGAUGACCCAUCAGAGAUGGUUGUCACGUGGACUACGCUUUCUCCAGCCACCAAUAGUUUYGUAGAGUUUGGAUAUAGAGCACAACCGCUGAUCAAUAGAGUCGUGGGMAACUCCACGCCGUUUAAGACGUGUGGAUGGAAGAAGAGAUACAUYCAUAUACAUCGAGCAACAAUAACAGGACUAUUACCUCUUACUUCUCUAGGUUACCGCUGUGGAGGAGAUGACGGAUGGAGCGCUAUGUAUCAUUUCAAUACAUCUCAAAUCGGUACCAAUUGGUCCCCUAGUUUUGCUGUGUAUGGAGAUCUUGGUGUAGGUAACGCCCAGUCACUUAGCCAGCUACAAACGGAGGCACAGGAAGGACAAUAUGACGCCAUAUUGCAUGUUGGUGACUUUGCUUAUGACAUGCAUCAGGACGAGUCAAAGGUUGCCGAUGCAUUCAUGAAUCAAAUYGAGACAAUGGCAGCAUAUGUGCCAUAUAUGGUAUGUCCUGGGAACCACGAGCAUGCGUGUAAUUUUUCGAAUUAUCGAGAGAGAUUUAGCAUGCCAGGAGAUACGCAAGGAAUAUUUUAUAGCUGGAAUAUUGGCCCUGUGCAUAUAGUUAGCUUCAGCACCGAGCUAUACUACUUUUUACAAUAUGGCAUCGAACAAUUGGUGAAUCAAUAUAAAUGGCUUCAAAAGGAUUUAGAGGAAGCUAAUUUGCCUGAAAAUCGUGCUAAGCGUCCAUGGAUCAUUACAAUGGCUCACCGUCCAAUGUACUGUUCAAAUAUGGUUGGAGACAACUGCGAAAAUCAUGAAAAUGAGAUAAGGACAGGCAUUACACAGUUAAAGCUUUUCCCACUAGAAGAACUGUUCUACAAACAUGGUGUCGACCUUGAGAUAUGGGCGCAUGAGCAUUCGUACGAAAGAUUGUUCCCUGUAUAUAACCACGAGAUUUAUAACGGAUCUCUCAAGCAGCCAUAUACAAACCCAUGUGCGCCCGUGCACAUUACUACUGGGUCAGCGGGUUGUAAAUAUUGCCAUGAUAAGUUCAAAAGAAAUUUUGGAACAUGGACUGCGUUCCGUACGCUGGACUACGGAUAUACCAGAAUGAAAGUGCAUAACAAGACACAUUUAUACUUAGAGCAAGUCAGCAUUGACAAGAAUAACACAGUAAUUGAUAAAAUGUGGCUUAUCAAAGAUAAACAUGGUUACGAUACUUGUAACAUAGGGAUCCCAAACGAUAAACCAGUAUCUUAUAAUCAAGCRRCAUCGCGGCAKCCCACAGGAUACAACGCCGAUCGCGGGAAUAUACGAUCAAGCAUUUCUAAGAACUUAUUCGAUAUAUUAAAGCAAUACACAAGUAGACUGAAACUCAGAGAAAAUCCUUAUAAAUAAUUUAUAAUGUACUGUUGAGAAGGCACGAAAUGGUUGCUGGAUAUUCAACCUAGUGCAUCUGCCUCGCCCAGUUGUUAAUACGCUUUUUGAUCUAACGAGGAAAGUCUGKACAGGGCUUGGGUGAAGUCUUGACUUAAGACUUAUGAUAAGAGCCAUCUCAGACUACUUCAGCGAAUAUCUGACCGAYUGCCGACUGCACGUGGGCGUGGGACUGAAUUAUUAAAUAUUGCCCAGGAAUCUGACGGUCAACUACAGCCGAGAAGAUCUGGAUACUUCCGCCAUGACUUGAAAACAGCUGGAAAUCAAUGGCUGAUAUCGCAUUGGCAGCUGAACUGCUACGAUCUGAAACGAUAAAGGCAAACACGAUAAAUUUAAAACGAAUCCGCGUCUAAACUUUUAUAAAUUACUCUUUAGCCCAAAAGUUAUAUGAAAUAUUUUUGAUACGCUUGUUAUUCUGUACAAAAAUUGUUUACAAAAAGUGCUUUUAUACACAGUUUCUGGAGAGUAAAUAAAGCUAGUUAGCAGCUUUCGGUCUGUAUGUCUUAUGAAGGUUAUUAUCAAUGUUGGUUUUCUUGAUGGAGUGUUUGGAUAUUUUUAAGGGUUUUGUGUAGGAUAACAAGAUAUUAACUAAGAGUG